UUUCCAGAGAACGCAGCAGUAUGGGGGACAACUAGUCAGUCGUCAACUUACGCAGACGCUGUGCCUGAAUUUGCCAUUGAUGGUUUGCUCACAUCCUGGACCCACACUAACGAAGAGACCAAUCCGUGGUGGAGACUGGAUCUUCUGAAAGUAUACAGAGUGAACAGAGUGAGCAUCACUAAUAGACACAGCAGUGCUGCGAGGAUAAACGGGGCGGUGAUUCGUAUUGGGAACUUCCUUGACAUUUACAGCAACCCCAUAUGUGAUGUGAUUUCGACUCUUGCAGCGAGUGCCACGGUCACUUUCACAUGCGGCGGGAUGGAGGGACGUUAUAUGGUUGUUCAUAUUCCUGGAAAUCUGAAGAUCCUUAGCCUUUGUGAAGUUGGAGUCUACGGGUAUUUGGCAGGAAAUCUGGCAGCAGGUGAAGCAGUUACACAGUCGUCAACAUCUGCGGGCUGGUUUGCUGAAAAGGCCAUUGAUGGUAAUCGAGGUCUGCAGGAGCUGUACACGGGAUGCUCGUCAACCCUUAAUGAGACUAACCCGUGGUGGAGGCUGGAUCUGCGUCAUGUUUACAGAGUUAGUAGAGUGGUCGUCACUAACAGAAAGGACUGCUGUGCAGAGCAAAUAAAUGGAGCGGAGAUUCACAUCGGAAACUCUUUGGAGAACAACGGCAGCAAUAAUCCCAUAUGUGCUGUUAUUCCUGCUAUUACAGCAGGCGAAUCCUACAGCUACUCAUGUAAUGGGAUGGAUGGACGUUAUGUGAAUCUGAUCAUUCCUGGACACAUGAAGACACUCACUCUCUGUGAGGUGGAGGUCUAUGGCGACGGGCCCGUUAUGAAAAGAUCAUUUGUAAAGAUGCAGUUUAACUCCGGAGUUGAUUUGACUGACCCUCCAAUGAAAGAAAACUUUCUGAAACAGUUGGGAUCUGCUCUGGCUGACAGAGGAUUCACAAAUGUGACACUGCGUUGGUCUCAAACCCUUAAACAGGUGAUCCAGAAGGUGAAGGCUCCUAAAAGUCGUUGUGGGAAAGGAAAAUAACACUCUGGAACUCAACAGUCUUUAAAUGCACAUUUGUUAAAGACAAUAAUUCUGAUUCUACAUAUAUUGCCUAAAAUUUCUUUAUAAUUAGUCUAUUAUAUAUGUUUACUAUGGAAAGACUUUUAACGCACUUCUGAUUACUUUCCCUUAGUGUUUAUUCACAUAUUAAGGAACUAUAAACAUCUUGUGUAUUGUCAACAGAGAUAGAUAUGAGUUAGGGUUAGAAAAAUAAAUAAAUGUCAAAUGUACCUUUACACAACCCACAAGUGUAAUUAAUUUUAAUGUCAAUUUCUGUAAAUUUACUGUCAAUAUUACAAUUUUAUUGUAAUAUAUUGUAAGUUACAUUGCAUUUUUUUUAUAAUUUAAAUUAAAUAAAUG